AUGAAACGGGAAGCCCAAGCAGCCCGCACUGGGCAAGACUCCCGAAGGAAGAAAGAGGCAAGCCGAGUCGAACAGGGCCCCAGCGGCUCGUCCAACCCAUUCCAAGAUCACUGGAGUGUUUUUGAAAAAAUUACGAAUGGGAGGUCGUCCACCUCGGACGCCGAGGUAACACCUCUCAACUCCAGCCAGUCUCACAUUCUGGCUGUAAUGAGACAAAAUCACCUCGGUCGAGACCCUCCUGGGAUUCUGGGGAGGAGAGAGAAGAAGAAUCUCAGCCUCUCCUGUGCUUACAACCUGGAUGUUGGGCACGAAACCGAGGAUUGUAACGAUUUGAAGAAAGAAAUCGAAAACUUGAUCAGGCAGGGAUACUUGAAGCAGUUCGUCAGCAAGGAUGGAGGCUUCAACCGAAACGCUUCCCACCGGGAAAAUCGAGGCUAUCGUCGAGAAGACAGGUGGGUCAUGAAGAGUCAUUGCCGUGGGUCUGAAAAUCGUGGGAAGGACCAAAGGCCUUCACGAAACGGGUCCCUGGGCUACGGCCCUAACAUCGCUAGGGUUAUCAACACAAUUGCGGGUAGUCCGACGGGAAAGGACAGACAGAACUCCCGAAAACGAACCUACCGUCAAGUCGGUAUAGAGGCUGCCGAGCCGAGCUCCAGGCUAUCCGAGGUGAUCACUUAUGGUCCCAGUGACCCUGUUCCUGCCACCUCCAGCAACCACGAAACUCUCGUGAUUGAAGUUCUCACCAAUAAUUACAUAGUCAAGAAUGUCUAUGUCGAUCCCGGCAGCUCGGUAGACGUCCUGUACUACAAAACCUUUGAAGGCUUGAAACUGACCAAGGAGCAGCUUACCCCUGUCAGGACCCCUCUUGUGGAAUUCGGGGGACACGUGGUCCAUCCUGAAUAG